AAUUAACAAACAAUGUCACGCUCGAUAGAAAUCACGGUGAUCUCCGGUGAAGGACUACGGGUGGAUCCAAAACAUCCGGUGAAGAAAAAUGCUUUCGUCGUAGUCCGGACCGACUCCGGUAAGGCCCAAGCAACGAGGUUCGACACCAAAGGCUGAAGCUACCCUGUGUGGAAUGAGAAGCUGGUAGUGGACAUGCCGGUUCACUCGCGGUUCAUGACGGUGGAGGUGCAAUGCAAGACUAGUUCCGGCACCAAAGUGAUUGGGAUUGCGAGAAUUCCGGCGACGGACUUCGUCGGAGGUUACAUUCCGGAUACCUACCUGCACUUCUUGAGUUACAGGUUGAGGGAUGUCAGUGGUGAGCGGAACGGGAUUAUUAAUCUGUCGGUGAGAAUGAAGGUGCCGGAAAAUUCGAGUUGUGCGGCUUCCUGCUCGCGGCCGUGGAUGGCAGCUCCGGCAGCGGAUAAGGUUUCUGGUGGAGCCGUGACAGGCAUUCCAGUUUGGUAUUAUUGA